AUGCCGUUUGCUAUAAUGACAUAUAUGAGCUGUGCAUGCGAAGUCAUUAAAUGUCAAUGUUAUCCCGAAUCAGGCAUUGCAUCGCCCUACAAACUCCCUCAAGCCUUCUUCUCCAAAAACAUCAAGCUGCAACAAGCACUGCCUUUCACUUUUUCGCCUGCGUAA